AUGGCGCGUGGCCCAAAGAAGCAUCUGAAGCGCCUGGCAGCGCCAAGGCACUGGAUGCUCGCUAAACUUGGCGGCAUCUGGGCCCCUCGACCUUCAGCUGGCCCACAUAAGCUUCGAGAAUGUUUACCUCUGAUCAUCAUUCUGCGAAACCGGUUGAAGUACGCGCUCACUGGGCGAGAGGCUAUGCAGAUCCUCAUGCAGCGGCUGGUUCGUGUGGACGGGAAAGUUCGCACAGACCGCACUUUUCCCGCUGGCUUCAUGGAUGUUAUCCAUAUCGAAAAAACCAAUGAGACAUUUCGUUUACUCUACGACACAAAGGGGCGUUUUGUGCUCCAUCGAAUCACACCCGAGGAGGGCAAGUACAAACUGUGCCGCAUCAAGCGUCAACAACUGGGUGCCCGUGGCAUCCCGUACAUCGUGACACACGACGGGCGCACCAUUCGGUAUCCAGAUCCAUUGAUCAAAGUGCACGACACCGUCGUCCUUGAUAUCGAGACCGGGAAGAUCACGGACUUUGUCAAAUUCGACAUCGGCGCGCUCUGCAUGAUCACCGGAGGCCACAAUAUUGGUCGCGUUGGUGUCGUACAGCACCGCGAGAGACACCCGGGUGCGACUGAAAUUGUGCACUUGAAGGACGCUGCAGGGCGAGAGUUUGCGACACAGAUCAGUAACGUGUUCGUUAUUGGUCGAGAAAAGUCGCUCGUCUCGCUACCGCGUGGCAAGGGAGUGAAGCUCUCCGUCGUUGAGGAGCGCGAGCGGCGAGGCCUGCUCUAG